AUGGGCUUUGCUUAUAACACACGCAUUCUCUGCGGACUUGAGUGGGACUAUCCUAUAAAGCUUGGUGCAGACGAGACCGCACGUGACUCCUUUGGAUGUCUGCCCGUUCACUAUGCCUCAGCCUUCGAUACUUCUGGUCUUCUAGUCGAUAGCUUACUUCUAUUUCAGAGUCAUCAACAUCCUAAGCAGAAGCUGAAGCAACAGCAGAAACAAAUUCAAAAUCGGCAUCACUACUUGUCACACCGAAAGCUCAGUCCCACACGACUUUUAGCGUCUUGGCCAACCGACAUUGAUUACACCAGUUGCAUCUCUCUUCUACGUGUCAAUUUGCCGGCCGCUACUACAAAUAUCGCUAAUAGCAAUAUCCACAACGGGGACAUCUCAGCUGGCAGCCUCUCAGCCAGUAAUAGUCAUCCAGACGAGCAAUCGCCCUCCGAGAAUGCUAAGUCAAAGGUCUCCUCCUCAUGGCCGAAGUGCAUAAAGCAAGCCAAUUUAUAUGCCGGCUCCGAAGAGCCUGACGAUGGAUCCGAGCUCAAUUUCAACAAAUGCGGGGAUGAGAUUUCGGCCUCAAAUACCAAUAACACAGUAGGCCUUGUUAUAAAUCAACAAUGGGGAAAAUUAAAGCGAUUGUAUCUAAAACCUCUGAUUUAUUUACCUUGA